AUGUAUAAUAUUGGUAGUAGAUUACUAUCAAUAAGAUCAUCAUUAGUAUCGAGAUCAUCAAUUACCACUCUUAAUACAUUUAAAUCUAGAUUAUCAUCAACCACUAAUAAUUAUAAUAAUAAUUUUACAAGAUGUUUUACAAGUGUUAGUGGUAACUUUUCACCAUCUAGUUUUUCAUUGUCAAACAACAACAACAACAACAACAAUAAUAAUAGUAAUAAUAAUAAUGAAGUAGAAGAUGAUGAAUCAGUUGAAACUUAUGAAGAAUUAUAUACUGAAUCUAGAGAUGAAAUGAUCAAGAACUAUGAGAAAAUCACUGGUAGAACUGUAUAUGCUGCUGAAGAGAGACAACUAACACAUACAGUUGCUGAUUUCAGAAAACAAUUUGAAUCGAUUGCUACUGGAUCAAAGCAAACCGACAUUAAUGUUACUGUUGCAGGACGUAUCAAAUCUGUAAGAAUAUCAAGUUCAAAGUUGGCAUUCAUCGAUAUCAUAUCCGAUGGUCAUUCACUUCAAAUCAUGGCAGAUCUCAAACAAUACGAAGAUCCAACUAAAUACUCAACAACCAUAACAACCAUUAGAAAGGGUGAUAUAAUUGAGAUAAAUGGUAUUCCAGCAAAGACAAAAGUUGGAGAAUUAAGUAUUGUUCCAAGAGAAAUAGUAUUGUUAACACCAUGUUUACGUCCUAUUCCAUUGAGAUUGAUGAAUAAGGAAGUUCGUUAUAGAAAGAGACAUCUAGAUUUCUUGGUUAAUGGAUCGCAGAUUCGUAAUGCAUUUAUUAUUCGUUCGAGAAUGAUAUCAUUCUUGAGAAACUACUUGGUGGAGCGUGGAUUCCUCGAGGUAGAUACACCGAUUCUCUCUACGAAUGUCGGUGGUGCCAAUGCCAAACCAUUCCAAACCUACUCCAACUCGCUCGAUCUCGACAUGUUCUUGCGUAUCUCACCGGAACUCUAUUUGAAGCAACUGGUCAUCUCUGGAUUCGACAAGGUAUUCGAAAUCGGCAAACAAUUUAGAAAUGAAGGUAUCGAUUUGACACACAACCCUGAGUUUACAACUUGUGAACUCUAUCAAGCAUAUGGUGAUUAUAAUACAAUGAUUAGAUUAACCGAGGAUUUAUUAUCAAAAAUGGUAUAUGAUGCAGUUGGAAGUUAUAAAAUACCAUUACCAUCAAACAAUGAUAUAACAAUCGAUUUCACACCACCAUUUAACAAAAUACAUUUUAUUCCAAAGAUUGAAGAGUUUAUUGGAAAGAAAUUACCUUCUGAUCUUGUUUCUUAUGAUUGUAUACCAGAAUUGAUUAAAAUUUGUAAAGAAAAUGGAGUAAACUACUCAGCACCAUUCACACCAACAAGAUUAUUAGAUAGUUUAGCUUCACAUUUCUUGGAACCACUUUGCAUACAACCAACAUUUAUCAUUGAUCAUCCACGUGCAAUGAGUCCACUUGCUAAACUUCAUAGAGAUAAUCCACAAUUUACAGAGAGAUUCGAAUUGUUUGUUGGUGGUAAAGAAUUGGUUAAUGCAUAUAGUGAGUUGAAUGAUCCAGUCGAUCAGAGAAGUAGAUUCAUGGCACAAUCGAAUGAUCGUCAAACAGGUGAUGACGAAGCACAGAUUCUCGAUGAAGGAUAUUGCAAUGCUAUGGAGUAUGGACUUCCUCCUACCGGUGGAUGGGGAUUGGGUAUUGAUAGAUUGGUCAUGCUCGUUUCAAAUAAUGUAUCCAUUAAAGACGUGAUCAUGUUCCCGACAAUGAAACCACAGUUUGAAAAAUCGGUCAAAAUUGAAAAAUAA